AAGAUACUGUACUGCAUAUACAGCACACCAAUCAUUGUGCAGAUCUUCGAUGGAAACAAGGAGCCCUCCCUACACAAUUAAAGCAGGAAGCCAAGCAGAGAUGUCCGCCUGUCGUGUGUUACUUUCCAUUUCUUUCAGUCUAGGUUUGCUUCGGGCGACUGGCACAGCCGUGUCGAGCCAGACAAUAACCAUUCAGGACAGCCACCAGCAGGGUCUGGUCAGCUUGAACGACAUGUUCCGUGAGGUGGAGGAGCUGAUGGAGGACACCCAACACAUCCUGGAGGAGGCGGUCGACCAGAUAAGAACGGAGAGUGCUUUGGAUGCGCGCCAUCGUUACGACAACGGUACUAAUAAAGUUGGGACAGAUAGCGCCACGACGGCUCAAGUCCUUCAUCAAACUGACAGGGAAACUACAAACAAAACAGGAGAGACGGAAUUCCCCCAACUGCCUGUGGAGACCUCCAGCCAGUGGAACAGUGCGGCUCAUGAGUGCAUGGUGGACGAGGACUGUGGGGAACGGAAGUAUUGUUUGUAUGGGAUUGAUCACUCCAGGUGCCUCCCCUGCAUACCAACUGAUAUGCCCUGUACAAAAGACGAAGAGUGUUGCUCAAGGCAGAUGUGUGUUUGGGGCCAGUGUACGAUCAAUGCCACCGAGGGAACAGAGGGAACAAUCUGUCAGGGUCAGAGCGACUGCAGACCCGACCUCUGCUGUGCCUUCCAACGAGAGCUUUUAUUCCCAGUGUGCAACCCCAAACCAGGAAAAGGGGACUACUGUCUGAAUCAACCCAACCUGUUGAUGGACAUGCUGGCUUGGGACCAGGAGGGUCCUCGUGACCAUUGCCCUUGUGCCAACGACCUACAGUGCCAGUUUCAUGGACGUGGGUCUGUUUGUGGAUAGUUCAACUGGAAAAAGGGAGUCUGAGCACAGUACACAACAACACAAAACCUGUCCUGACGUUACUGGGAAGGCCUGAUUGAUCAUUCACCAAACAACAGCUCACCAACUGCCAUCAGUUUUUCAGAAGUCGUGGUUACCGCAAGACAAGUCGCACUGUUCCUUAUGUGUUUGCAUGACUUGGAAUAAACGACGCCAGCAGCCUCUAAAAGAUUGUUGGGAAUUUCUUGUCUUUUCCUGAAGCUAACAGAAAUAAAAUGGACUGACACAA